AUGGCGAGCGGAUACGACAGAGCAUUGAGUGUCUUCUCUCCCGAUGGCCACGUCUUCCAAGUCGAAUACGCCCUCGAGGCCGUCAAACGCGGCACCUGCGCCGUAGCCGUCAAAGGCUCCAAAAUCGUCGUCCUGGGCUGCGAAAAGCGAUCCGCGAUGAAACUCCAAGAUACCCGCAUCACCCCGUCCAAAAUCAGCAUGGUCGAUACUCACGUCUGUCUCGCCUUCGCGGGCCUGAACGCUGACGCCAGGAUCUUGGUCGAUAAGGCGCGAUUGGAGGCGCAAAGUCAUCGGCUUACGGUCGAGGAUCCGGUGACCAUUGAGUAUAUCACCAAGUAUGUGGCGGGGGUACAGCAGAGGUACACGCAGUCAGGUGGUGUUAGGCCGUUUGGGAUUAGUACGUUGAUUGUUGGCUUUGAUCCGGGGAGUGAGGAGGCGAGGUUGUAUCAGACCGAGCCAUCGGGGAUUUAUAGCGCGUGGAAAGCAAACGCCAUCGGCCGCUCCUCCAAAACCGUCCGCGAAUUCCUCGAACGCAACCACACCCCCUCCCUCGACCGCCCGGCCACCAUCGAACUCACCAUCAAAUCCCUCCUUGAAGUCGUCCAGACAGGAGCCAAGAACAUCGAGAUCGCCAUCAUGGCUCCGGGCAAGGAAGUCGAGUAUUUGCAAUCGGAGGAUAUCGAGAAGAUUGUCGAGAAGAUCAAUAGUGAGAAGGAUGCUGAGGCGAGUACAAGGAGGGGUGGUGCUAGGGGUGGAAAUGCUGCUGCUGGGGGAAGUGCGGCGAGUGCGCAGGGGGCGGAGCAGGUUCUUGCUAGUCGGCCUGCUGGGGAGGGGGCGGCGGAGUGA